AAGCUCGUUUUAGAAGGCUGGGCAAAUAGCUGGAAUUCCGUUUCCGUUCCUGUUCCUGGGAUUUUAAUCACUUCCUCGGCGGGGGAAAUAUCAUAGUAUUUACACUUUUCUGUCCUUUAUUGUUUGUUUGCACCGAUGGCGUCUUCCCCGCAGAAAUCUCCGUCCUCUCCAAAGUCACCAACUCCAAAGUCUCCGUCUUCCAGAAAGAAAGAUGACUCAUUUCUGGGGAAACUUGGUGGGACUCUGGCCAGGAGAAAAAAGGCGAAAGAAGUAUCUGAGCUGCAGGAGGAGGGGAUGAACGCCAUUAAUCUCCCCCUGAGUCCCACACCUUUUGAGCUUCAUCCUGAGGACAUCAUGCUAGAGGAAAAUGAAGUCCGCACCAUGGUGGACCCCAACUCAAAAAAUGACCAAAAACUCCAGGAACUCAUGAAGGUGCUCAUUGACUGGAUCAACGAUGUUCUGGUUGGUGAAAGGAUCAUCGUGAAGGACCUGGCUGAAGAUCUCUAUGAUGGGCAGGUUCUCCAGAAGCUCUUUGAAAAGCUUGAAGGUGAGAAGCUGAAUGUUGCAGAGGUGACUCAAUCUGAGAUUGCCCAGAAACAAAAGUUGCAGACGGUCCUGGAGAGGAUCAAUGACGCUCUGAAGGUCUCCACCAGGAGCAUCAAGUGGAACGUUGACUCGGUUCAUGCUAAGAGCAUUGUGGCCAUCCUUCACCUGUUGGUUGAGCUGUCGCAGCACUUCAGAGCCCCCAUUCGCCUCCCUGACCAUGUGUCCAUUCAGGUGGUUGUGGUCCAGAAACGAGAGGGCAUUCUUCAGUCCCGUCAGGUUAUGGAGAAGAUCACUGGCAACACAGAGGCGUUAUCUGGCAGACAUGAGCGUGAUGCGUUUGACACCUUGUUUGAUCAUGCUCCUGAUAAGCUGAAUGUGGUGAAGAAGACUCUAAUCACCUUCGUCAACAAACACCUGAAUAAACUGAACUUGGAAGUAGCAGAACUGGACACACAGUUUGCAGAUGGUGUGUAUCUGGUCCUGCUGAUGGGACUUCUGGAAGGAUACUUCGUCCCCCUCUACAACUUCUUCCUGACGCCUGAGAAUUUUGACCAAAAGGUUCAUAAUGUGUCUUUCUCCUUUGAGCUGAUGCAGGACGGUGGCUUGGAGAGGCCCAAACCCAGGCCUGAGGAUAUUGUGAAUUGUGACCUAAAAUCGACACUCCGAGUACUUUACAAUCUUUUCACCAGGUACAGACAUGUGGAAUGAGAUAAAACGGGACCGCUAUUCCGAGUUUUAAUGAGGCUGACAGACAAAACAUGCUGUUAAUUGUUGUGGAGUAUUGUACAAUACCUUUAUAUGACUAAUAAUUGUCUUAAGUCUUUUUUCUUGUCAUCUAGAUAGAGGUUAAAACACUAAAGAAAAUAACACUAUGCAUAGAAACGUUUUUGAUAACGGCGUUCCAUUCCUCAGAUGAUGCAUCAAAUGCAUAACUUCGCCUUUUACCUGUGGAAAUAAAUGCAAUUAGCAGAAACGUAUGGAUUCUGAAGUGCUUAAACAGACUUAUGAGAGAAAAUACCCAGUUCGCAGCCUUGCAUUACACAUUAUAUCGCAUAAAACACUAUAUAACCUUGCUUCACAGUAUCAGCUCUCUUACAAAAAGUGAAUGUUUGACCAAAUAAUUACUUUAGUUGUAAUGACUUGCUGUUUCACUGCAUAUCUUAAUUUUUGAAGGCUUCGUAUUGAUUUCUGUGCUAAUGUUUUUAGAACUGUCUGCACUUGCAUAGCUUAUCUGAAUCAACCAAAAAUGUUUUUACUCACAUGCUGUUGUCACAUAAAUCUGGCGCAGAUUGUUGUUUUGAAGAACUCUGAAACCCGAUAUUAAUUCAUUCAUAAUCUUACAUCUUAAAACACAGACUUUUUAUCACUAUUGGGAAAAAAUAUAUAUUUUAACUUAAAGACGAAUUUAAAUAGCAGUAGUGCAACUUUUAUGUUUGUGGAAAUUAUUAAAAAAACAUUUUUUUUACCAUUUUGAUGCUAUUUCAUUGCAAUAGAGUCAUCUGUAAAAUUCAAUGUCCAUGUUUUAUCUCCACCUGAAAAAUGUUACCAAAUCUACAUUAAACGUGGAUGAUCAUCUA